UGACAGCCUACUUCCCGGGAGUGCUCACGAGCUGCUGUCGCGCGUGAGCGGGCUGCGUAUAAAUCACCAAGGUCAUAAUGGCUGAUAGUGCCGAUGUUACACCCGUUGUGAGUAGCCAGCCUCCUGGAAAAGAGGAGCAGGGAGGAGGAGAGGGUGGAGGAGGCACAGAGAGGGAUGCAGGAGGUGAAGGUGGUUUGACUGAUACCCAGAGAGAGGUGUUGGAGAGGUGUCUUCAUGCUCUCAGGAAUGCUAAAAAUGACAGUCAAACAUUGGCUGCUCUUCUAUUGAUCACUCGUUUGUGCCCAGCAAGCCAACUAGACAAACCCACCUUGAGACGCAUCUUUGAGGCAGUGGGGCUCAACCUUCCAGCUCGGCUUUUGGUGACAGCGGUCAGAGGGAAUGAGAACUCUGGCUUACCCCCACAUGAACUCCUUUCAUUGGGCACAGCUCUGUUGGCUGCCCUGAGCACAGACCCAGACAUGGCCUCCCAUCCCCAGCUCCUCACCACCAUCCCGCUCCUGCUGGGCAUUUUAGCAAAUGGUCCCAUGUCAAACCAGCAGAAACAGGCUGCCCAGGAACAGACCCAAGCUGGUGAGAUGGACCAGAGUCCAGAUAGUAAAGUAAAAUCAGCAGAGAGUUCAAGCCCAGAAAGUAAUCCUGCCAAUGUGGCAAAAUCAGCAGAAAAGAGCAAGACCAGCAAGCAAAAGGGGGAUGAUGGCAGUACAUCGAACGGAGUAUCUCCAUCUAAAGAAACCUCACCAUCUGACAGUCUCGAUGAGGCCAUGGCUGCUGACUGUUACCAGGUUCUGACAGCUGUGUGUGCCUUACCGAGGGGUCCUGACCAGCUGCUAAGCAGGGGUGCUGUUCCUGCUCUGUGUCAAGCAGUGGAACAAAACCAGACUUGCAGCCAUGAGAAGGGGCUUGCCUUGCUUGGUUGUCUCCUAUCAGGUAAAACCAAGGACAAAGUGUGGAGUAAACACCCUGCAGAACUCCUCACUUUGUUGGUCAGGCUCUCUAAAGACUUCUGCCUGUCCAAAGACCAGGCCAGGCUGGACAUGUGUUCCCAGUUGGUGCAGUUUCUCCCACCAAUAGGAGUGGCAGUAGAAAGUGAAGAACUGAAGGGAGCUGUGAGCCGUGUGUGGGGGGUAUUGAGACCCAUGAUGCAGGCUAAAUUGACACCGAAGCAGAUCGGGACGAUCCUGGUCCUCAGUGCAUGUCUGCUGGAUUUGUAUGGGUGGGAGAUGGUGGGACCACCAAAGUUCUGCUGCUUAAUGGUGAACCGGGCCUGUGUGGAGGUCAGAAUGGGCCUGGAGGAACCGCCUGGUAACGAGCUGAGCCCAGAGCUGCAGCACACACUCACAGGCUGUUAUCGAAUCAUGGAAGCUGCCAUAGAGCAGGCCUGCAGUCCGGGAUUGUCGCAAACCGCUGCACCUUCUCACAGCUCCAUCUCGUCACUCAGUCUGCAGCAGAGCAGGCAGGUCCUCGGGGUGCUGGAGGAGGCCUUCUCUGCUGUAGUGUACCACCUGCAACAGGUCGAUCAGAGUCGAUAUGGUGACCCUUUCAUUUUCGCCACAUUCCGUUCUCUGUGCUCAUGGCUGGCUGAGGAAACUUCCUGUCUGAAGGAGGAAGUUACUGGAUUGCUGCCUUUCCUGAUCGGCUACUCCCGGAGCCACCUGCAGGGUGAGAGCUCAGAGCAGGGCCUCUCUGACUGGAUGGCCGAGAUAUCCGUCUCUGAGGAGAGAAAGGCCUGGACGGGCAAAGAGCCUCUGAGGUAUCUGCUCCCAGCUCUGUGUCACCUGUCAGCAGAGGAAGGUCCCAGGAAGGUGCUGCUCACGCUCGACACCCCGGCUCUGCUGGUGAACUUUCUGUCCCAGAGCUGGAUUUCCCUCAAGGGAAAAAGUGGGGUGGUGUCAGCCAGGGAUCCCAGCAUGGAGACGGCCUGCUCAGCCCUCCUCAACUUUACUGUCACAGAACCAGAGAGAGUCAGGAAGGACCAAUGUUUCAGAACUCUUGAGGCUCUUCUGAGUGAAGCACUUCCAGUUUUGGUGCAUAAACCCCGCCUCCUGGUUCUAGCAGCAAAUUACUGCACUUUGGGACUUAUGAUUGGCAGACUCAAAUCAACUCCUUCAGGGUCAGUGGAAGCAGGCCAGAGGCGGUUCUUCUCCUCAGCUCUCCGGUUCCUCCGCAGUGCCCUGGACUCUGGCUCCAGCCCCGGCUUGGUUACGGUGAGCAUCAGCUGGGAGGAAAGCUGGGAUGAUGCAGCAGAGCUAUGGAGGUUGGGCUUGCAGGCUCUGGGAGGCAGUGUCCGUGCUCAGCCCUGGAUCACCACCCUGGUCAGAGAGGAAGGUUGGCUCAAACACACACUCACCAUGCUGGAUCAGUGUAGCGCACUACCUGACCAGCACACACAGGAGGCGCUAGAGGAAGCUCUGUGUGCCAUCGCGGAGCAGUGCCCGGCCUGUAAGCAGGAGAUUGGAGACAUGAUGAUGAGAAAUGAUAAAGGAGCUUUGAGCUGUAUGAGGAACCUGAAGAAGUCGGUGCGAGUGAAGUGAAACCAAGCUGCUGCCAAUGGACAAUGUGCUCUUUGAUGGAGUAAUUUUAACAUGCAGAGUUGAAAUUAAAGUCGCACUAUGGAAAUAAAAAAGCACAGCUAUUCAUGAAGCCAAACUGGUGUGUUUAUUAGUUGUACCAAUCUGACAUGGAUAAUAUGUCCUCAGGCUUUUUUGUAAUAAGAUGAAAAGCCCAAAGAUACCAAAGCCCACAUCGAAAAGAGUGAAAAUUACGUGUAUCUGUGUAUCAUGUUUUUCAGUGUAAUAAGUCUAAUUAUAUACAACAUAAUGAGACUGAAAAACCCUUUUAUUCAGUCAUAAAUCAGAGCAGUGGGCAGCCAUUCAUUCGCAACCAGGUAAAUGGAAAUGCCUGUUGAGACAGCUGUGCUCUCCAUGGAACUGAAAAACACAAAAGCUCUUUCUUACACAGAAUGCUUAAAAUGUAAAUGCAUUUAAUAAAGAAUUAUUUUGUUAGAGAACAGUAA